AUAUGAAUUCUACGCAUUCAACUGCAAAGACAAUAACAAAUGGUCAUGUUGCUUUUGUAAUAAAGAUACAAAAAUGAAGAAAAAAUUAUUUAUUAUGGUGUUAUUAAAUAUUUUGUUUCAACAAACGAAUGGACAAUUACUUUGUUAUGUAUGUGGAUUUUCUUCAGUCGACUCGGACAGAUCAUGUCUUACAAUAACAAACGACACGCAGACUGUUAACUGUUCAUAUAAAUAUUGUACAAUUAUGAGACAGGAGUUUCUGGAUCCCAGAGGAGUCGUUGCAAGUUUUACGCGAAGUUGUUUACAAUCACCGGACUUUUUGAAUCAUGAAAUUACGGAUUCUACUUUUCGAACCUUUUAUCGAGCGUGUACAUCAGAUUUAUGCAACAUAGGUGAUGGAAUAGAAUCUGUGACUGGCAGUAAUUUAUAUCCAAGACCCCCAAGUAACGUCACCAAUUUAUUGGUACCUGGAACAGGCAACCUUUAGACGAUAUAAUAAUAUGUAUAGACUACCUAUUCUAAAUAAUUGUUGUGCGAGAAAUUUAAUUUUACUCAAAAUAGUCCAGUUAAUUUCAAUAAAUUCUUUAAAAAAUUA